GGGUGCUCGAUGGUUCCCCCGCUAGGAUGCCUCUUUAGCAGGCGCGUCCCGAGAAGAGUUUGACUCCGGCCCGCAGAAAGCCGCCCGAGCGUUCUAGAAUCCCGAUGCACCUGGACGUUCUAGAACGCUGCAACUUUCGGACGUUCUCUCGGCCGGUGACGCUUGACAUCCCUCCGGAGGAUCUUCCUAUUCCUACCGCGGCUAAUUACGCCGAAGCAGCUCUCCAGUUUUGGGACGGGACGGGAGGCGGCGAUCCACCCGCUCGUUUUCUCUCUCGUGCCUGCCCGGCCGCGUGAAACGACAUCAUGAUCGUCGCCGACGCCGAGAGUUGCGACCCCGCCGGAGUCGAAGGCUAUUUGCCCUGCGAGGGCUGCGAAACUUUGAGGCGUAAGAAGGGCAGAGGGAUAAAAAUCCCCCAGCAGCUGGGAAGAGGCCCCAGUUCUUUCAUCCCAGCGGAAGAGAUCUUGCAAGAAGGAGUUGAGAGCACCCAGCGACGCCUCUUCGUGGAAGCCUUUGUUUCGACCGGCAGAGUGGAUAACAUCACCAUGGUGAUGGGACUGCAUCCAGAGUACCUGACAAACUUCUGGAAGACUCAGUACCUCUUGCUGCGGAUGGACGGGCCCCUGCCUUAUCACAAGCGCCACUAUAUUGCAAUCAUGGCGGCUGCCAGGCAUCAGUGUUCCUACCUGGUUGGCUUCCAUAUGGGGGAAUUUCUGCAGGUAGGAGGGGACCCAGCAUGGCUGCGGGGUUUGCAAUAUGCCCCCCAGAAACUCAGGAACCUGAAUGAAAUCAACAAGAUCCUAGCCCACCGGCCUUGGCUGAUCACCAAGGAGCACAUUGAAGCACUGCUAAAAACAGGGGAAAACAGUUGGUCUCUAGCUGAACUCAUCCAGGCCUUGGUCCUGCUGACGCACUACCACUCUCUGGCCUCCUUUGUGUUUGGCUGCGGCAUCAACCUCGAGACUGACCAGGAAGCAGGGCCCAUCUUCCGACCACCUUCUCCACGCAGUUGUGAUAGCAGCCCCAGCUCGGAAGAUGGGACAAACAGUUCCAAUAGCACAGAUGCUAUGGAGGAUGUGGAAGUGCUGAUGGAGAGGAUGAAACUGCUACAGGAGUGCCAGCUGGAGGAGGAAUGCGUCACCCAGGAGGAGAUGGAGACCCACUUUGAGAUGGAAAAAAGAGAGAGCCUGCUUGUGACUCCCUCAGUAGAUGUUGCUGAACACUCCCUGCCCCCCAACGUCCUGUGCUUUGUGGAGGAUCCAGAGUUUGGCUACAAGGAUUUCACUAGGAGAGGAGAGCAGACACCUCCCACUUUCCGAGCCCAGGAUUAUACAUGGGAAGAUCAUGGCUACUCCCUCAUCAACCGCCUGUAUCCUGAUGUGGGACAACUGCUGGAUGAGAAAUUCCAGGUGGUCUACAAUCUGACCUAUAACACCAUAGCUAUGCACAGUGGGGUAGACACAUCCAUGCUCCGGAGGGCUAUUUGGAAUUACGUCCACUGUGUCUUUGGCAUUCGGUAUGAUGACUAUGAUUACAGGGAAGUGAACCAGCUUUUGGAGCGUAGCCUGAAAAUCUACAUCAAAACCGUAGCCUGCUACCCAGAAAAAACCACUAAAAGAAUGUACACUCAUUUCUGGAGACACUUCAAACAUUCGGAAAAGGUGCAUGUCAAUCUGCUUCUUUUGGAGGCCCGCAUGCAGGCGGCCCUUUUAUACGCUCUGCGUGCCAUCACCCGCUACAUGACCUGACUGGACUUGACUCCCUCUCUUCUCGUGCGAGGCAGCCUUGCUCCUGGACAAGGGAGCUUUCUUCCAAAGACUUGUUUCUGGAAUGUCUUGUGAAAAAAUCGAGUUACCUCACCUUCUACCUGUGGCUAUUUUUGGAAGCAUUUGUGUGGGGAUGGUCUUUCGAGUAACUCUGCCAAAAGUGACGCUGUGAGGCAGAGGUGGGUUCAGAGUGAACUGUUCCCUCAGUGUGUGAAGGAAGCCAACUUCUGUUUCGUCAUCACCUGGGGAGCCAUCUGUGGUUUUUUGGUUUUGCCAAUGGUGGCCCAAGGCUUCAAAGUUUGAUGCUGAGGUGGCCAGCUACUGUUGGAAAAUUUGGGAAGGUCCUUGGGUCCCAUGCUGAUGUCUCUCGAUGAUCGGCUUGGCGUGCACCAAAGUUGGUGGUAGCAGCGUUUUGAUGAAUCGUGCAAUUAAUCUCCACUGUCCUGUCUACACCUUUUGCAGUGAAGGUGGUCCUGAACCAGCUGAGGCAAAGACCACCAAAGAGAUCCCUCUGUUGUGGACAUGGCAUUGCUCUUUCUCUUUGUUCUCAACUUGCUGCAGAACUUUGAAUGUAGGACUUUGAACAUUUCAAGCGGGUAACCCCUGAAGCUCUCUGAAGAGUAGGGAGUGGAGAGGUGCCCUAGGUGUGUGGUGAUGGCAACGGAUGUGCUGAAUUUAAUACAAGUUGGUCACUAGUGUAACUGGUGAUUACACUACAUUUCUUUUUUCUGAGCUUUGGAUCCCGAGAUCACUGUGCUUCAGAUGUUCUCCUUGGGAAUGUGGAAAUCUCUCAGCCACAGAGUGGGUGGUGACUUGCAGAUGAGGUCAAACUAGGAAAAAAAUGUGGGUUCAUUGUUAGGUUGGCUGGAAUAUUCUCUCCUCCUAUUGUUCCCACCCUCAACAAGAAUGGAAACUAUCUUAACGUGGGAUUCAUUUCCCAGAUCAAAAAAACUAGCUUAAAGUAUACGAAUCUCUGUUCCCAAUACCCCAAGGACAUCUGCUUCUCUCGUCUUUUUUCCCUGUCCCUUUUCAAGAAGAUAUUUUCCUCAUGUAAAGCUGUGUUGUUUGGCUGAUCGAUGGAUCCCAUUAUCUGCUCUUGCUCAAGUGUUGAGCUUUGGACAUUGUGAAACCCUUAUCUUCUUUACAGUCUGCUCCCUGCUAUUCUGAAAGCUCCCAUGGUUGGCUUUAGAAAUGGGAAUGUCUCCCCCCCAUCUGUGAAGCCCAUCUCCUUUUUGAAGAGAUAGUAAUGGCAUAGCCCAGAUGACUUAGAAAUGUGGGGGCUGGGAGAGAUGUUGCUGAAAGAUCUUCACCUGCUCGGUUCAAGCAAUGAAAUGAGACACUAGACUUGAGAGGUGGUCUGUAUCAUUUCAGAUUAUAGGUGCCAGAAAUGCAGUUUAAGCUUUUUUUCCUAUUUUUUUUUAAACCUACCCUCUGUAAUAAAAUAAUUUAGCAUGAAAGAAGCUUGGUUUAGUUUCUUUCUCCCGUGUGCUAGUAUUUUAUUUGCAGGGAAUUUUAGACCUUGUUCAUACAGCAAGCCAGCCCAAGUCACCAUUGCCUUGAGCAGUCAACUCAUCCCCCUAAGCUAGCAGUAUACAAUCACGGAGGACAGGGUCAGCUGGUGAGUGGCCAUGUUUUCUGUCUCCUAACUACCACUGACAUUUGCUGUUUAAAAAUGUACAGUGGCCCAAUUGGGCUCAAUACUUCCCCAAUUAGAGUAGAGUGAGCUUUAUUUGUCCUCAGCCCUUUCUCCCUUGCCCUGCCCUGUUUGGCUGGAGGAGGGAGAAGCAAUAAAAAGAACAGAGAUGCCUAGAGAAGCUGUUUUUGUCUGAGGCCCUAGACCUUUGUCUGCUUUGGCAGCCAGUUGGGAGAUUGACCUUGCAUCAACCCACUGGUGCUCACAGUACAUAGCUUUGUGCUGGUCAGCCUGAUCAUGUGGACUCUCCACUGAUCUGCUAACUCUCUACAGUAUAUCUUGUUGAUUGGAUUCUGCUGACCCCUUUCUUGUAUGUGGGAGGAACAGGGCCUUAAUGUUGGAAUGGUCAGAUGCAAAAAUAUGACCCCUCAACAGCAGUACAGCAGAUCAUGGCAGGUGUAGAUGAUGCAGGGGUUUCUGUUAUGGCCAAAUGGACCUUCUAAACUUCAUGGCCAAUGAUAUUCAUCAGGGUAUUGACAAAUAGAGAAUAGGGUGGGGAGGAUUUAAACUAUGGGUCUCUUUGUUCCCUCCUGUACCUCUACCCUUGCUUCAGGCAAUAUUAUAAAGGGUCCAUAGUUUGAUUUAACUCAUUUCUCUGGGCAAAUCUAUCAGUCCUGCUAAAAAAAGAGUUGCUCACUUAGCUGAAAGAAAACCCAAUUUGAGCUUGUUACUUCUGUCAAGCAAUCUGUCCUUCCCACUGUUGCUCACUGUUUCUACUUACAUGUUCAUCAUUUCAAAUGUUAGCAUCUAGGGAUGGGAGUUUAAAAUAUUUUUAUCCUAACUCCCAUGGACCUGGCAUUUAACUAUGCUGGCAGGAGCUGGUAGGAGUUGAACAGCUGGAAGACUACAAGUUGCCCCAAACACCCGUUAGAUUAUGGCCCUUGGCUUUUUUUUAUUCUUUCCCCCCCAGUAUUACAUUUCAGUUUGUUCCCAUGUGAGAACUUCUACUAAGUCCUGGAAUACUUCAGCUAUGCCUUUUUGCUCACUCUGUAUACUUAGUACAGGAGAGAGAAGCUCCUUUAGGUAUUAUGGGUUGCUUACAUCCUUCCCUUUAGCCCUUGUGGCCUAAAAGUUGGAGAUUAUAGAAGUCAUAAGCCAACAUCUGAAGAACCACAAGUUCCUCACGCCUAAUUUGCCAAUUCCUUUCUCUUUGAAAUCUUGGGAUUAAAAUCUAAGUGUUAGACUGGUACUAAGCCCUAAAGUCAUACAAAACAAGCAAGAAUUUGCCCCCUGCUUUCCCCCUUGUAACUACUGUUCAGCAAUAAGCAGCUUCAAAUAGUAACUAUGAUGAAGUUGGGUUCCCAGGAAAAUGUGAACCUUUCCAAGCAUUUCUGAAAUAUACUUAAGAUUCAUUUUGGAGCAAACAACUCAGGUUACAAGAGCUAAAUUUAACUAUUGCAGGCCUGGCCAAAGGUUGCUCCAGCUAGACUGUACAGUUGGAGAGGGGGGUGAGCUUAACAGCCAAGACAGCUUCCUCUGGUACCUCCUUGGUGUAGAGUUGGCUUGACGCAAUCUGCAUUACUUUUUUCAUUGGCCAGAACCCUACACCAGGAUAGUGUCUUAGAAGUCCUCCAUGACAGCAGUCCAAAGUGUGACAGUUUAUGCCUAUUGUUACUCUAAGUCCCAGGAACAGUUAUUCCUGAAGCCAGGGUACCCAGAGAACCCAGAACAGUGUUUGCAGGUGUCUUGUUUUGUUUUAAGCCAAAGCAAUGAUACAUAGGACUCAUUUGUGGAACCUAUCUUAUAAGACAGUCUAGUCAGAUGCCACCAACAGGGCCCUUCAGGCAUUUGGGGUACACAUCGCAGGCUUCCUUUCAGAAAUUCUGGUUGGGUAUAGGGUCAAUAAUGUUGUGUUUACUUAGUUUGUAUAUUUUCUUGUAAAGUCACAAGAACCAUGGACUUAAAAUUUGCAAACUUUCUGUGCCGGCCUUCUCUGACUUGAGAAGACUGUAAAAUAGUGUUUCCAACAAGGUGAAACUUACUCCUUAGACUGAAAUAAAAGUGCUUGGGAGUUUAUUAUAUUCACUUGUUUGGUUGACUUCACUUCAGUGUCAUUUGGAGUGCCUGGGCAUUUAUUGUUGCUACCUGUCCUGCACUGCAAAGCAAGUCUCUAAAACAGUGUUUCUCAGCCUUGGCAACUUUAAGGUGUCUGGACUUCAACUCCCAGAAGGCUGGCUGGGGAAUUCUGGGGGUUGAAGUCCACACAUCUUAAAGUUGCCAAGGUUGAGAAACACUGCUCUAGAAGUAUCUUUCGGUCACCAGGGCUGGGCUCUGUGAAAAACCACCAUUUCUGUAGGAUCUUAAGGCUGAGCUAUCCUCUUUUCCUACAGUGGGACGUAUUUGAAAUAACUUUGCCAGCAGAGCUCCCCCUUAGCUUCUCUGCAGAAAUAAGGCGCCUCUAAAGCGUACUUUUCUUCUUGACUUGUGGCAGUAUUGGGCACCCAAGGGGUAAAUGCAUUGUGAAAUGCAAAGGCUGGCUCAUUUCCUAGGACUGCACUGGGCAGAACCCUCUCCUCUUUUUUUUCCAAUCCUCCUUCCCUUGUCACUUCAGGCAUAGCAAAAGGUCUGCCACCCCUGAGCAUCCGACUGAUAUUCUCUUUUGCCUCCUUCUGAUGGAUGUUUUGCCCACUUGCAAACUUGAAAUGGUACAAUUGUGUGUGCGUGUGGCAGAGAGAACACGAUGUCUGAAGCUUUCGCCCAAGAGUGCCACUACAUUUCACGUUGGUGCCAGCCUCUGUGGCAUGAUCCUUGACGGAUUCCUCGCUGCCUGGUAGCCUCUUCUCCUCCAGUCCUGCUCCCAGAUGGUCCCCAUCCCUCUCCUACCCAUCGUAAAAUCACCCAAUAACCAACAGAUGUGGCGGCCCCCGUCCCCCAAAUUCCACCUUUGCUCCACGUUAAGCUAUGUUGUUUGUUUUUGUUUUUAAUGUAUUUACUGUAUCAGUGUUGUGACUCUGGUUCAACGUGUUUGUUUUUGGAGACAUAAAGUUGCCUUUUUGUUUACCAAA